AUGGUUGGUGCCUCCAUGAAUCGAUUCACAAGUCCAACUCUAAAGAGUAUGUUUGACCUUGUGUAUGUCAAAUAUCGCAAGCUUCCGACUAAGCUUCUGAUAAAAAUGUUGAUGGACAGAGAGUUGCCUGAGAACCUUGAAACUUUCAUUUAUAUUGUAUAUUUUUACUUUGGUGGGGAUGUAUAUGAUAUAAAGCACUUGAUGAGGAAUUGCAAUGGAUUGAAUGGUGGAUUGGAGAGGGUGGCUAAGGCACUUGGUGUUGAUUAUGUGGCUGGGAAAAGCCAUCAAGUUGGAUCAGAUAGCUUGCUCAUCAUGCAAGCAUUCUUGAAGCUUCUAAAGAUGGCAGACAUGUCCUUAAUUAAUCGACUAAUCGAAGAAGAAGAAGGACUUGGGCUUUGA